UCAGUGUCCUUCUUGUUGUACUUUCUCUAUGGAUCAGUCAGUCUGGUCACUGUGCUGGGCAACGCGUUGGUCAUCGCUGCCAUAAUUAUUUAUGGCAGGUCGAUGCGAACCACGACAAACAUGUUCAUCAUCAACUUGAGUCUGGCAGAUGUUGCCCUAGGUCUCUUCAGCACACCCUUCCAAUUCCAGGCUAGUAUGUGUACCGCCAUAUCCCAGACCUGGUCCAUGCCUCAUUUCGUCUGCACAGUUUCAGCCUUCGUGAAGGAGAUGAGCAUUUCAGUCAGUGUGAGCACGCUGGUCGUCAUCUCGAUCGAACGUUACAAGGCGGUCCUGCAGCCUCUGAAGCCCGGGUGGUCCAGCAGGAAGGUCCUCUGCAUCCUGCUGGCCGUCUGGGUUCUCUGCGUUAUUUCCGCCAUCCCCACUGCUCUCGCUUACAGGUUACUUAUUGUCUCACGUGGGGUUUUUAGUUUAUCUGACUGUUGUUGUUGCUGCUGUUGUUGUUGCGACAUAAACGAUCAAAUCGCAGCGACAUACGCGUUCUAUUUGGCGGUGGUGCAAUACAUGAUCCCGCUGCUGCUGAUGUCUGUGGCCUACAGUCGCAUCAUCUAUCACUUGUCGACCACCGCCAGACCUGGAUUUGCCCUCGACUCCAGGGACACCAUCAUCAAAAAAAAUAAAGAAAAAGUGGUGAAGAUGUUGGUGGUUGUGGUGAUUGUGUUCGCACUGUGUUGGCUACCCCUGCAGACCUACAACUGCCUCUCAGUCCUCGUGCCAUCCGUCAAAACCUACAGACAUGUUGACAUCUUGUGGCUGUUCUCCAACUGGCUAGCCAUGAGCAACUCCUGCUACAAUCCCUUCAUCUACGGCAUCUUCAAU